AUGGAGCAAGCGGGCGUCGGCAUCUUGGGACGAUGGGUGAUCGACCGCGUGGACGCAGGGCACACAGAAUGUGUUCUUGUGGCUGCCAAGGGGCUGGCAAGGAUAGGCAAAGGGAGGCUGCUGGCCAACCUGAUGGAUUGGAUCGUGGCCAGGAGCAACCGGCCGGACGCGGCAGCAGCCCUGAUUCAAGAGGGCGAUGCUGACGUGGCGGCUGCGGUGGCGGCCGCCCCGGCAAAGCUCGGUCGGCUGACGGUGUUGCUGCGCGUUGUUGAGAGUCUGCUGCAGAGCGGUCAGGUGCUUGCAGCUGUCAGCCUGGCAGUUGCAAUGGUCAGGCGGGGAGAUGCGCCGAUUGUGGCAGAUCUGCUGACAUCACUGGUGGAAGAUGGGAGGCUGGAGGACGCCAGGGACAUCUAUGCACUGCUCAUCUCCAAAGGGCAUGUCGACGAGGUCGCUGUUGUCUGCGAGUGGAUGCUCAAAUCGGGGCAUGCGAACACUGUGUCACAGAUCACAGUUUCCCUUGUGGAUUCUGGCGGCCUUGCACUCGCCUGCCAAGCCCAGAAUGGGAUGGUGGUUUUGGGCGAUGUGCUGGAGAACUGCCCCGCUCAAGAGCUUGUCAGGAUGGGGCGCCCAGAUGUGGUUGCACGAAUGGUGACCGAACUUGUCAAUGCUGGCCAGAUUGAAGUAGUCGUCAAAUGCAUCGAGAGCCUGGAUGAAGUGGGCCACGAGGCAGCAUUUGCGGAAGUGUCCCUUGCUAUUGCAAAAAUGGCGCGCCCUGAUGUCAUGGCACAGAAGGUUGCGGAGAUGGAGAUUGGAUUCUACAGCGAUGGAGAGGAGGAAUGUGCACUGCAGUGCUCGCUGCUGGUGCUCCGGGCGGGCUUUGCAUGCGAGUGGGCGUUAGUAAUGGAUGAGCUGAUGGUGAUGGGGCAUGCGGAAAUUGUGGCCUCCCACCUGGCAAACUUAGUCACCACCGGACGGCCCCAGCUGGCGGCUGUGGGAGCCCAAGCAUUGGCACAGUCGCUGCCCGCAGAAAAGGUGGCAGUUGUUCUGCAGCAGAUGGUGGAGAUGGGGAAUGAGGAAGCUGCCGCGCGGCUGCUCGCUGAGCUGGCGCAAAGCAUACUCAGCGUGGCAUGCAGCAUUGUCAUCAAGUUAGUGCAGCAGGGACACCAGGAUACCUCUGCCACUCUGCUGCUGAAUCUGCUCGUAACUGGCCACAUCACAGCCUUUAUCAGCAUCAGCAACGAGAUCGUAGCACAGGGAUACAUCAAAGAAUCCGCUGCUGUUGCCGAAGCUUUGGCACCAAAGACCGAUGUCAUAGCGCUGCUGGAAGUACUAAGGGAUGCCGGCGCGAGGAUUCUGCCCGAGGUGUGGCACAGGGCGACUUCGCGCGCAAUCAAUCAAAUAUCCCCCGGCGUCACUAAUGGAUCCCCCAGGAUGACUAAGAGGUCCUCCCUGCUGGCAAGGGAGGAAACCCCAUUUGCUGACAUGGCCGCCACGUCAGCCGCUGCAUCCGCCUCAGCCGUUGAGGUGGGGCGGCGCAGGAGCCUCUCUGCUGAGAGGGCAGCUUCUGCGAGCGCCUGGGAGCGGGCUGGAAGCUGGUGA